AGGCCCUACCUGCAAAUCAAAUAGCUAUCCAUGGAAUAUUAGAACUUGACUUGCUCCAUCCUCUUAAACUUUUUGUGUCUCACACUAAAGAAAUGAGAGAUGCAGAAUUCUAAGGCUAAAUAGCUAGGAAGUAUUCAUUCAAACUUGAAUAUUCUUCAAAGAGAGUGUGGGGGCAACUCUAAUCAGAGGAAGAAACUAAAGGAAGUAAAACCAGAUGUUUUCCACCAAAGCCCUCCUUUUGGCUGGUCUGAUUUCUACUGCACUGGCAGGGCCAUGGGCUAAUAUAUGUGCUGGCAAGUCUUCCAAUGAGAUCCGGACGUGUGACCGCCAUGGCUGUGGACAGUACUCUGCUCAAAGAAGUCAGAGGCCUCACCAGGGUGUGGACGUCUUGUGCUCUGCUGGAUCUACUGUGUACGCACCAUUCACUGGAAUGAUUGUGGGCCAGGAGAAACCUUAUCAAAACAAGAAUGCUAUCAAUAAUGGUGUUCGAAUAUCUGGAAGAGGUUUUUGUGUCAAAAUGUUCUACAUUAAGCCAAUUAAGUAUAAAGGUCCUAUUAAGAAGGGAGAAAAACUUGGAACUCUAUUGCCCUUGCAGAAAGUUUAUCCUGGCAUACAGUCGCAUGUGCACAUUGAAAACUGUGACUCGAGUGACCCUACUGCAUACCUGUAAAUGGAAGGCCAAUGGUCAGAUCUUCAAAAUAAAAAGUCAUCUUAAAAACCUG